AUGACGAACCGCAAACAGAUUAGAGUCCUGCUGCAGAUAUUUAUAACAAGUCCCGUGAAACUUCCAGAAAGACCACGCCGACGUCAGGAAGAAAAGCGAGACAGACGCAUCGAAACGAAAAACGCUCACCCUGGCAGCCAGCGAAAAGGUGCUCGGGAAGGGCAGCCGCCGCAGGCUCCCCGAGAUCGCCGCGGGCUGUGCCAGGCCCGGCUCUUCCGGGCACCGAGUGCCCCACGGGACUGCCCCGGACUUGCCCAAGCCGCACUCGGUUCAGCGGCAGGGGGCCGCGGGGCUCCAGGGCACCGGGCACGGGCCGAGGCCAGCCGCCCGCUGAGCCCCGGCCUCGCGCACCCGCGCUGCCCGGGUCCCCGCAGGCCCGGGCUCCGUCGAUCCUCCAGGGUGGUGCUCCCUCCCGCCUCCCAGGUCCCCCGCGGCCCCUACCUUGCUCCCGGGCCGGGUGCGAGCGGCGGCGGGGGUCGGGGACGGCGGCCCGCGCUGCUCCCACGCUUCCGCCGGAGUCAGGAGUUGAACAUUCCGCCUCUCCGCGCGGCGCCAAUGAGGAAGACGUCGCGGCAACAGCACCACCUACCUCCAGGCGCGGAACCGCCGCCCGCCGCCCAGCCUCCCGGCACGCCCGGCCCGGCGCCCAGCGGGAAGGCCCGGGCGCGGGGUCACGGAGACCCCAGGGGCUGCAUGCCCCCCGCGGGACCUGAUGCGCUGGCUGGGAAGGGGACCCAAGAGGGGAGUCGAUGUCUAUGGAGACAGGGUUGCAGGUGCCUCAGUUGGCACCAUCAACAGGAAAUUGGAAAUGAGAGGCAUGUUUCAGAAAGAGGCCACAGAAAUUGGUGACCCAUUCGAUUGGCAAAGAAGAAAGCGGUAAUGCCAGGAUUUGAGACCUGGGUGACUGGAAGAAUGAUGGUGUCAUUGACAGAAAUAGAAAUCUGUGGAGAGGAAACUGGCUUCCUGCUGAGUUUUGAAGUCAUGAGAGGAAAAACAGGCUCAGAGAGUAACCAACAGGAACAAUAAACUCUACACAAUAGUUUCGAAACCAUACUUGAAGGAACAUCUCAGACAUCCCUCUGUCUUCCUGUUUAUGUUGCAAGUUCCUCGAGACCACACCUUAUAUCCUAUUGAGCUGACCGUGACUGCAAUAAAAGCACAAUGAUUCUGUGAUAAACUGCUCGCCUCGACCUCUC